AUGAGUAGGCUUCUCAAACAAUUCCAGGCCGCUGCGGCACUGGCGUGGUUCCUGUUGGCACCACUGGUUACUGCGCUCAAGAUUGCAGGUUCAUUCAAUGUCCUCGAGUAUAAUCCCUUGCUUGUUGCGACCCAGGAUUACUACAAGGGUGACGCGCAAGUUGUCAAUGGAGGAGUGGCCGAUCUUUUCGGCAGCUCCAACAUUGAUCUCGCUGGCAAUGCCGAAACUCAAGCACUGCGGCAAUAUGCAAACCACAAGAACCUCCGGAUCAUAUACACCGUGGUGGAGGUCGCGUACCGACUUGUAGCAAGCAACAAAGCCGGCGUUACAUCACUGUCGGAUCUCAAGGGCAAGAAGAUUGGGACGAUUCCAAGCACCUCGGCCGCUUAUUUCGUGCAGCGAUACCUGUCUACCGCUGGCGGGCUUGCAGACUCGGACUACACGGUCGUGUCUGGCAGCAACUGCAACUCGGCACCAUGCGGAGCUGGCACUCUGCCAUAUAUGCUUGCGCAUGGAUCUGUUGCCGCGGUUGGAAUGUGGGAGCCAACACUCGAGCUAGCGAUUGAGGUACUUGGAUCCGAUGCAGUUGUUUUCCAGAACAAGACCGUCUAUCAGGAGGUCUACAAUCUGUACACGACAGCCGAGAAGCUGCAGAAUGCGAGCACACGCAAAGAUAUAGUGGCCUACCUCCGCGCUCUGGACCAGACGGCUCAGUUAUUCACAAAUCAAUCAGCGUCGGUCAUUCCCCGCGUUGCGAAAACGAUGAAUAUGAACGAGGCGGUAGUGAAGGCCGUCUGGCCAGUGCAUGACUGGAGUGGAGGACUUGCAUCAAAUCUACUCGACGUGCUCGUACCCGAGGAUCAGUGGGUGGCCAAAGUAGACCGACGAAGUCCGAUUUCCAAGGAUGUUCUGGCGACAAUGAUUGAUGCGAGUGUUCUUGCUGAAGCAAGGUCAAAUAAAUCUAGCACAGCAUAA